UUAGAAUUUUUGGUGAAGGCUAAAAUGCUUUCAUUCGUAAGAGGCAGAUUAUUGAGAAUAUCCUCAUGGGGCACGAGUUGAUGCACCAUUUGAAAAUCAAGACGCGCGGCAAGAAAGGGUACAUGGCUCUAAAGGUUGACAUUGAAAGGCCUAUGAUAGAGUCGAAUGGCCGUUUCUACUAGCUGUCUUGGAAAAAAUGGGAUUCAACUCUGUGUGGAGAGGUGGAUUCAGGAAUGCCUGCAAUCAACUUCAUUCUCGGUCCAAAUAAAUGGCACCCCGACAGGAUACUUCUCGCCUUCCAGGGGGCUUAGACAAGGGGACCCCCUUUCCCCAUUACUGUUUGUGCUCUGUACGAAAGGAUUUGCUGCUAUUCUUCGCAAGGCAAUAGCGGACAAGCGAUUGGGAGGUGUGAAAGUCGCUCCUCGUGCCCCUCAUAUUUCGCAUCUAUUCUUUGCAGAUGAUUCUUACUUGUUUCUGCGAGGGAAUCUCCAUGAGUGUGAGAAUCUUAUUGAAGUUUUGAACGAAUAUGAGGAAUUGAGUGGCCAACGGGUGAACUUGGACAAGUCGGUUGUUUGUUUUAGCAAAAAUAUAGCUCGAGAAGAUUAGGAGUUUCUGGCUGCGAUUCUGGGGGUAUGAGCAAUGGGGGUCCAUGAUAAAUACUUGGGUUUGCCGACUCUAAUUGCCCGCUCAAAAAUGGCUACCUUCCGCUACCUGGAAGAAAAAUUACUUGAGAAAUUGCAAGGGUGGAAACAGCGUACUUUAUCUUGGGCGGCGAAGGAGACAUUGACUAAGUCAAUUGCUUUAACAUUACCGUUGCAUGUUAUGUCUUGCUUUAAAAUGUUGUUGUCCCUUUGUAGACUUCUAGACAAACACGUAGCCCAGUUCUGGUGGGGUGUGACUACUGACCAGUCACGAAUCCACUGGAUGUCCUAGCGUAAGAUGUGCCGCAGUAAGCAUGAUGGGGGGAUGGGUUUCCGUUGUUUUGAGCAUUUUAACCAGGCUCUACUGGCUAAAAUCAGAUGGCGAAUCCUCCAGGCCCCCAAUCCUUGCUGGCUCAAGUUUACAAAGGGAAGUACUUCCAUAGUGGGACUUUUCUUCAGGCCCAAGCGCGCUCGCGCCCUUCCUUGGGAUGGCAAAGUGUUCUGUUUGGAAGGCAGUUGCUAGAGAAGGGCUUACGAUGGCAAAUUGGCAAUAGGCAGUCGGCAUCACUGCUUUGCUCGAAUUGGAUCCCUCAAUUGCAUCUUGACCUACUGGGAUUUAAUCCUCAGGUGCUCCCAGAGGGUGCGGUCCACUAGUGGCGGAUGUCAUCGACCAGAAUGUUGGGGGGGGGGGGGGGGGGGGGCCUGGUGUGUUGGUAAGCUGAGUCAAUGGUUUGAUCCACCCACCUGCCGUAUGAUCCAUUCUAUUACUCUUCCGAGGCAGUCUAUGGCGGACAAACUUAUUUGGCACGACACGACUGAUGGAGUGUUCACUAUUAAAUCAGCCUACCAUUUAGCCGUCGACCUAGAUAUGAGAACUGGUUGUUGGCGUUCUACGACUAGCUGGAUGGAUAGAGCCAGUUGGAUUUGGCUCUGGGAGGCUAAUAUUCCUCCCAAGUUGAAAGUGUUUAUCUGGCAGAUUUUCCACCGUAUCCUCCCCACAACGGAGGGCCUACUUGAGAAACGCGUCCCUGUUCAUCCUCGAUGCCCGGUAUGCUGGGGGGAGCGAAAACAAUGGAGCACUUGUUUCUGGACUGUCCUGUGGCUCGGGCCCUACGGGACUACGUGGGACUAGAACAUCUUGGGCAAGGGUUGCCUCACCAAACUUUUCCCCUAUUCCUCAAGCGGCUAUUCUCCCUAAUUCAUCAACCUUCUGUGAUCCUGUCUGUGGUGGCCAUUCUGUAGCGGAUUUGAAAUCCCGAAAUUGGGUUGUCUUUGAAGGCAAGCAAUUUGGAUUCCCUACCUUGAUGCGCCAAUAUCACCAGCAAUGUGAGGAAUGGGAGCGGUUUCCUACUGAGAGUGUGACUCCGGGUUUAAAUCCGAUUUUUCAUACAUCUGGGUUACCUGCGGGGCUGAUAAUCGACUUUAAUAUAUCGGAUUCUUGAGCUUUAUGUGACUAUCUCACGGUAUGUUUAAGCCGAUUGGUGCUAUUUUAUGGAGAAUUAAUCUGUAAUGGUUGAAAAGCCAUUACCAUUUUGUGUUGGAGUUUUGGUGUGUGUUUAGGUGAAAAGAUAGAUAAAAUGGCAGCACUGGAACUUUUGAAGCAGGAGAUGGCAGGAGGGAUUGGAUCCAUAUUUCUUCCACAUCAAAUCAUUGAGCUAAAGCCCAAUUGAUGGAGGGACAUGGACUGGGCUUAGGGCUGUCCAUUUGGUUUUGGUUUUUUGGUUUUAACCGAAACCAAACCAAUUGGAAAGCUAAUGGUUUCAGUUUUUUGGUUUUAAACCAAUAAGCAACUUACUGGUUUUGGUUUGAUUAAAACCGAAAAACCAAUAGAAACCAUUAAGAAACCAAUAAGAAUAAAAUUAUUUAUCAACAAAUAUUUUUUUGUUUCUUUUGACACGCAUGCCAACCAAUAAUUUGUUAUGACCAUUAUUAUGACGUUUAUUCAAUAAAUUAUUUAUCAACUU